AGCUGACGCACUCUUAUGAGAAGAAGGCCGAGGUCACCCUCAGCCAUAGUCACGAUACAGCCCCUGGUCUAACAGCACCUAUCGAUAGCGAGAAGAGGAAUGGGAGCGCCGGUGGCGAUGACGAUAAGCCAGAAGAGGGCGACUGUGCCACCGAGUAUCAUUGCUACUGCCAUUCCUAAUAUCAAUCGCGAAUUCCAAAGUCUGGACCAGGCCGGAUGGUACGGCUCCGGUUUCCUACUCACACUCGCUGGCUUCGUCUCUCUCUGGGGAAAGGCCUUCAAGCACGCCAGCAUCAAAUGGGUCUUCUUGCCCGCCGCAGUAGUCUUGAACUUGGCAGUUUAAUCUGUGGUAAGUAGCCCAUUACGUCGCCAAGUGACCAAUACUUAAUUGACUGUACUAUUGUUGAUCUCGCCCCGUGACUCCAGGUUUGGCUGAGAACAGCACAACUCUCAUCGUCGGUCGCGCCAUCCAGGGCUUUGGAGGUACUGGCAUGACAAGCGGAGUCUACCUCAUUGUCUCUGUCUCUGUCGUGCACAAGCUCUUCCCCGCCCUUUUCGGUCUUCUGAGUGGCCUUGGUGGCGCCUUUACAGACCGUCUUAGUUGGCGUUGGUGAUUCUACAUCAACAUCAUCGUCGGGGCGCCCUCUAUCCUAUUGCUCACUUUCUUCUUC